AAAAGAACUGUGAGAGCAGAAACACUGCAGCCGUCUGCUCAAUAAAGUUUCUACUUUAAUACGCUCCGAUCACAACCAGAGGAGCAAGAGGAGGAGGAGAGGAGGAGGAGAGGAGGAGGAGAAGAUCGAUGGUUGGAUGGUCAGCAGCUGGAUAUGAGGACUGAGUCUGCGUGCCGGUUUUACAGCCAUCAGAUGAAGGGGAAGCACCUCGCCAUCAAGAAGAUGAACGAGAUCCAGAAGAACAUCGACGGCUGGGAGGGGAAGGACAUCGGCCAGUGCUGCAACGAGUUCAUCAUGGAGGGCACGCUGACCCGUGUGGGCGCCAAACACGAGCGCCACAUCUUCCUGUUCGAUGGCCUGAUGGUCUGCUGCAAGUCCAACCACGGCCCGCCGCGGCUGCCCGGCGCCGGCUCCGCCGCUGAGUACCGCCUCAAAGAGAAAUUCUUCAUGCGCAAAGUCCAGAUCAACGACAAGGACGACAAGGAGGGCGAGUACCGGCACGCCUUCGAGAUCAUCCUGAAGGACGGCAACAGCGUGGUGUUCGCCGCCAAGUCGGCAGAGGAGAAAAAUGGCUGGAUGGCAGCGCUGAUCUCGCUGCAGUAUCGCAGCACGCUGGAGCGCAUGCUGGACUCGGCCAUGCUGCAGGAAGAGAAGGAUGAGCAAGUGAGGCUGCCUGGUGCAGAGGUGUACCGCUUCGCCGAGGCCGACUCCGAGGAGAACGUUGUGUUUGAGGAGAACGUCCAGUCCAAGUCCGGGAUCCCCAUCAUUAAGGCGGGCACGGUCCUGAAGCUGAUCGAGAGGCUCACCUUCCACAUGUACGCAGAUCCAAACUUUGUGCGAACCUUUCUGACCACCUACAGGUCAUUCUGUAAACCUCAGGAGCUGCUGGACCUGCUCAUAGAGAGGUUUGAGAUUCCGGAGCCGAGGCUCAGUGAGGUGGAUCAGAUGGAGGGAGGAGAGCAGCCACUGAGUGCCGAACUCAAACGCUUCCGCAAAGAGUUUGUCCAACCUGUCCAACUCAGGGUGCUGAAUGUGUGUCGUCACUGGGUGGAGCAUCACUUCUAUGACUUUGAGAGAGACGCUCACCUGCUGAGACAACUGGAGGAGUUCAUCUCCUCUGUCAGAGGUAAGGCGAUGAGGAAGUGGGUGGAGUCCAUCACUAAGAUCAUCCAGAGGAAGAAGCAGGUACAGGUGAGUGCGCCCAGCCACAGCAUCACCUUCCAGAACUCUCCGCCCCCCAUUGAGUGGCACAUCUGCAAACCAGGAAACAGCGAGCUGUUCGACCUCAUGACGCUGCAUCCCAUCGAGAUUGGCCGCCAGCUCACCCUGCUCGAGUCCGACUUGUACAGAGCGGUGCAGCCAUCAGAGCUGGUCGGAAGUGUCUGGACCAAAGAAGACAAAGAGAUUCACUCCCCCAACCUGCUGAGAAUGAUCCGACACACCACCAACCUCACCCUGUGGUUCGAAAAGUGUAUCGUAGAAACAGAAAACCUGGAGGAACGAGUCGCCGUUGUGUCUCGGAUCAUCGAGAUCCUGCAGGUUUUUCAGGAACUCAACAACUUCAACGGUGUCCUGGAGGUGGUCAGUGCCAUGAACUCGUCUCCGGUGUACAGACUGGACCACACCUUUGAGCAAAUUCCGAGUCGGCAGAGAAAAAUCCUGGAGGAGGCUCACGAGCUGAGCGAGGAUCACUACAAGAAGUACUUAGCCAAACUGCGCUCCAUCAACCCCCCCUGUGUCCCCUUCUUUGGAAUCUACCUGACCAACAUCCUGAAGACGGAGGAGGGGAACCCGGACUUCCUGCGGCGCCACGGUAAGGACCUGAUCAACUUCAGUAAGAGGAGGAAGGUGGCGGAGAUCACGGGGGAGAUCCAGCAGUACCAGAACCAGCCGUACUGUCUGCGCGGUGAGAGUGACAUCAGGAAGUUCUUCGAGAACCUGAACCCGAUGGAGGACAUGUCCGAGAAGGACUUUGCAGACCACCUCUUCAACAAGUCUCUGGAGAUCGAACCUCGAAACGCCCGCUCCCUACCUCGCUUCGUAAGUGUCACCAUGACAACACAAACACGCCCCGCUUCAAAAGUGUCACCACGGCAACACAAACACGCACGUGUCACCACACUUACGAAGCGUUUAAAGUGA